CACCGGUUGUCACCGGUCCUCGGCUUAACUUUCAAUCCACAGCAUAGAUGCCACUCCCAGGGAUCCCUCCCGCCGUCGACAGAUAAUUCGACGUAAACGCGGGUACCAAUGAUGAGGUAGUCCCCCACGCACUGGUUCAAGCAAAGUUCCAGCAAAGCACAUGAUGCGGUGGCCAUGGAGCAGCGACAACAGCUCCGACGGCCCAAAGCCCGCGCGACAUUGGAAUGAAAGCCUGAACAAGACGGAUUGGGAACACUACAAGGAACCGCGGAACUGGGUUCCCACGGCGAUCGCCACGACCACCAUAUUGGCCGCCGUACAAUUCUACCGCUCAUACCUGCGCCGCAUCCCAGGAACAAACUACAUACACCCGGGCUUCUUCCGCAGGAGGAGCCUCUUUGGCCGCGUCACCAGCGUGGGCGACGGCGACAACUUCCACCUGUUCCACACGCCCGGCGGACGACUGGCAGGAUGGAACUGGCUGAGGAGCGUACCGACUGAGCGAAAAGCGCUCAAGGGCAAGACUAUCCCCGUCCGCAUCGCCGGAGUCGACGCUCCAGAAGCAGCGCAUUUUGGACGAGAAGCCCAGCCGUUCAGCGCCGAAGCGUUGGACUUUCUAAAGUCCUAUAUACUUGGUCGUAAUGUGCGGACCUACAUCUACAGGCGGGAUCAGUACGAAAGGGUCGUCGGGACGGUGUGGGUGCGCCAUUGGCUCUUUAGGAAAGACGUCGGUCUGGAGAUGAUAAAGCGUGGAUUGGCCACGGUGUACGACGCCAAGAUCGGCGCAGAGUUUGGCGGAUUGGAGGAAAAGUACCGUGCUGCCGAAGCAAAGGCAAAAUUGAAGAAGCUGGGCAUGUGGGGAGGGCGAGGAAAAUUUGAAAGCCCAAGGGAGUACAAGAAUCGACACGCCGCGACUAGUGAGAGCAAGUUGAGCUAGAGAUAACGUGACCACCCAUUAGUCUUGGGAGAACGUCAACAAUCAUAAGCACCAUGUGUAGGUACGUAACCAUGUGAUGAUGGCGAUGAUCAUGGUGGAUAUGACAACUACCGGUAGAAUCAAGUUUCAAAGCCUAUAUCUUAG